CAGGCGGCAGCAUCAUCCCUACUGUGAAGGCUGCCCUCCGCCCAGCUGCUGUGUACGGCUGCCAUCCGUCCAGCUAUUGUGUACGGCUGCCCUGCGUCCAGCUGCUGUGUACGGCUGCCCUCCGUCCAGCUGUUGUGUACGGCUGCCCUGCGUCCAGCUGUUGUGUACGGCUGCCCUGGCUCUAUACCCACAGUCCAGCUCACCUGUGCCCAACCACUAUUCCCAGCUCAAUUUGCCUCCAGCGACUAUCAGUUGUGGUGUGAUGUCUCCUUGCUGAGCUUUCUAAAGCAACUCUAAGUCGAGGAAAAUGAACUACUUUGACCCUCGUUAUAGUGCUCAGAAAAUACAAUACAAACAAGAGAUACUCAACAAAAACAUUACGGGAAACCGGGCCAACUUGUCUGCUGCGAAAUAUGAUUACUUUUAGCAACAAAUUAAAGAUUGCUAGUGCGGUGGGAGUGGGUGAGGGAACUCGGUACUGGUGAAGUACCGGAGAGGUGACAUAGAGGGUCGGCCAGGCGAGGCUAUGCCGCGUCUGCCGGUAAUGACAGCAGCCGUGGCGUACCGGCGCACCACCAGUGCCCCGGAGGGCGAGGCUCCUCCCACCCUCCCCGCCAUGCCAUCUAAAUACCGUCAAGGAAGUGAUAUAGGAUUCCUGCGAGUCCUGGAGGAGGCGACGCGGUCUGCACUGGGCUCCCGAGUUUCUUUCAACAAGUCGGAGCCCUUACUGCUGAAAGGCGCGAAGGCAGUCUUGGCUCUGAACCGAGGAGGGAGCUUGGACGAGACCAAUAAAGAAUCUGUGUCUUUCGAGUGGUCCAGGAAUAUUAACCAGCAGAAGACCGUACAGACAGUGAGUGAGCGGACGCUCCCCACAGACACCUUCGGUGAUAAGGACAAUAACGCGCCCACCACGCCGCUCCUGAAGCGGGUGGCGGCGAGAUGGCGGGGCGACGGUGGUGUCACCUGUACUCGAGACGACUCUCUUCCCGUCAGCGACACUUGGAGCGAGGUGGAGGUGGAGCUCAACCCCACAGACGCCAGCCACCUUCCCAAGAUGCCGGCGAUAAGAUGGCCCUCGCUCCUGAGGGGACGGAACAAGCGAGGCUCAGCCGCGAAGGAAAGUAUGAUGAAAGAAACGACACAUUUCCCACAAAUAAAUGUGGGUGAUGGUAGCGAUGGUUGUGUACCGCUAGCAACUGUGCCUGGAGAACACGUACAGGAGCAGCCAGACCUUCACCGCUCACCACGUCCUGUGCGGUUGGACCGCACAGAGCGUCCUUUGCUAUCCUGCAGUCGCAGAAGCUCCUUCAGUAGGUCGCUCAGCAGCAAAAGUCUACUUGUUGACCACAAUACAAAGAGCGACGUAGAAACGGCAUUAGACAAUGAAACGAUAAUUGACAAUGAAACAGUACCAGACAGUGAAACGGUACUAAAAAAUGAAGCGGCACUUGGUAAUGAAACGUCAUUAGACAGUGAAACUGUAAAUGAUAAUGACUCUGAGAGCAGUGAAAGGUUUGCGUCCCUGACGCCGUCUGACGACGAGGACAACGAGGAGGACGAGGACGCUGCAGGUCCCAGCGGGGAGGCCACCUUGCCCUCAGACAUGGGGAUGGGGACGUUGGUGAGCACGUACCCUCGGGGCAUCGAGGACCGUGAUGGGGGCAUGGUGGUGUCCGUGAGCAUGUCGGAGCCCCUGGCGGGGCCCCCCAUGCAGGCCUGGGCCCCGGACUCCUCCACCGUGGCCAAGAUACAGCGCUGGCUGCCCCAGCAGGAGCACCACCACUAUCACCCGGGGCCCGCCACAACUGCUUCCUUCCCCAAGGUGUCAUGGCCGGCGGUGAUGGAGGUGGGCGUGCAGACGAAGCAGGUGCUGGAGGAGGAACUGGACUGGGACCUGAGCAACCGCGAGGACAAGGAGACGCAGACACUUCCGCCCAACCCAACCUACUUCCAGCUGAGCCGGACAGACGCCUUCGUUCAGACAGACUACCGAUAUCUACCCUUGGUGACGGACGUCCCCCGACCCACCACCAGCAUGUUUCCGCUCAAGGUGAAGAACGCCAGCACCCAGACGGAGGUGACCACAGCCUCGGCGUCGACGCAGACAGAGGUGUUAUUCCUGCCUCCUCCAGCAGCCCUCACCCGGCCGCCCACCUGCAUCAGCCAGGCGUCGGGGGAUGAGAUUGACCUGGCAGACGCCAGCUCUGGUCCAUCCACGUCGGGGCUGGGGUCCGCCAUGCCUCGCCAGCAGCUUCUGCCAGUGGUUCCUGCCCUCGCCACCCCUCCUCCAAGCCCGCCACCGCCCGCCCCUGCGGAGGAGCAGCAGCCCGCGGACACCACCGGCAGGAACGAGGCCAGGAGGGUCGCCCAUCAGCGCUGGACCAGACUGGCGCGCCUGGGUGUGGACAACCUCUUGAUGACGGGUCUUACGGUCCUGCCAAGGCCGCACCGCGUUCGUAUGAUCAUGGUGGACGUGAGUGUGCAGACGGAUAACGACAUCCUGACGGACGAGGCGCCCCAGUUCGCUGCCCAGCCGCCACAGUGUAGGAAGGCUGAGCUGCUGGCCGAGGCUGACUUCAGCGACACGGACGCCCAUGUUCUCCUGGCCUCAGACCAGGUGACGGAGGACUUGGAGGAGCUGGUGGCCUUCUUGUGUCAUCCCACGGAGGACAACCUUCAGAUGGUGAGGGUGCUCUUCCGCUGGGUCACCGAUAACAUCAGGUAUGACUGGCGAUGCAUGGAGAAGCAGCAGACGGUGAUGGAUACAUUAACCUCUCGGGCGGGUGUCAGUAAGGACUAUGUUGCCCUGCUCGUCGAGAUGUAUAAUAUAGUUGGCUUCAGGGUCAAGAAGAUUCAUGGCUUCGUCAGGAAUCGAGACCUGAGAGUGGGACGCAUCUUCGAACCGGACCGAGAUCCUCUCCACUCCUGGUUGGCCGUGUUCUUGUACGGCUCCUGGCGCUUCCUGGACCCUACCCUGGCUGCUGGAUACAUGGACGCACACGGGAGGUUCCACCCGCAACUGCAGGAUCACUUCUUCCUCACCGAUCCAGAUCAGUUCAUCUUCACCCACUUCCCCUUCGAUAACCUGGAGCAGAGCUACGACAGGUGGCAGCUGCUGGACACCCCCAUGACGCUGGAAGAAUUCAACAGUCUGCCGAAGGUGCAACCGGAGUUCUGGUCGUGUGGCCUGAACCUGUGCCAGCCCACACACAGCCCCGUCAUCUUCAGUAGCCAGACGGAGAUCACCCUCUUCGCCCCCGUCGAUAUCAGAUACAAGUACAAGUUCUUCCCCGCCAGUGAGACUGAGGAGUCGUGCAUGAACCAGUGGGUGUUCUGCACGAUGAAGGAGGGCGGCUCCGUCGGCUCCUUCACCGUUGUCCCGCCCGUCGACGGAGUCUUCAUCCUUAAAAUUUACGCAGGAGUGGAGGAUCUCCUUGAAGAUGAUGGCUCCGCCCUAAGCCACGUGGCGUCGUUCCUCCUCGUGUGUGAGAAGGCUCGCCGGAACCCGUUGCCGUGGCCGCCACACAACAUGGCGUGGGGUCCGACGCCCCUACUGUACCAGUGUGGCCUGGACCCCGUCAACCAGACCGGGCCGGUCAUCGUCACCUGGGGAGGCAAGAAGCUCAUCUACUUCGAGAAGGCAUACGACCUCAUGCUCAUGUUGCAGGUGUACGAUGUUGAGGGCAACAUGCUCGACCUUAAGGGCAUGGUGGGCCACGACGAGACGGAGGACCAGGUCAGGAUCAUCAUCGUGCCCCCGGGCAUAGGCUACUACAAGUUACUGAUAUACGGCAUCCCGAAGCCCCAGGUGCGGGGCCGCUGGCGUCUUCCUCUGCUGGCCACCUACCUCAUUGAGUGCAAGAUGAGUCUCGGACACCACUCCAGUGACCUUCAGGGCAAGAAAGGCAAGGGCAAAGGCAAAGGGAAAGGAAAGGGCAACAAAAAGAUUCAGGUGGCUACCAACAGCAACAGUAGCUAACAGGGACUGGCAAGAAUUCAUCGUCCCCCAGCGAGAACUGGCAAGAAUUCAUCGUCCCCCCAGCGAGGACUGGCAAGAAUACAUUGUCCCCCAGCAAGGACUAGCAAGAAUACAUUGUCCCCCAGCAAGGACUGGCAAGAAUGCAUCGUCCCUCAGCGAGGACUGGCAAGAAUACAUUGUCCCCCAGCGAGGACUGGCAAGAAUGUAUCGUCCCCUAGUGAGGACUGGCAAGACUGCAUCGUCCCCCCAGCGAGGACUGGCAAGAAUGUAUCGUCCCCUAGUGAGGACUGGCAAGACUGCAUCGUCCCCCCCCCAGCGAGGACUGGCAAGAAUGCAUCGUCCACCAGCGAGGACUGGCAAGUCUGCAUCGUCCCCCAGCGAGGUCUGGCAAGAAUGCAUCGUCUUCCCAGCGAGGACUGGCAAGUCUGCAUCGUCCCCCAGCGAGGACUGGCAAGAAUGCAUCGUGUUCCCAGCGAGGACUGGCAAGUCUGCAUCGUCCCCCAGCGAGGACUGGCAAGACUGUAUCGUCACCCCCCCCCCAUUGAGGACUGGCAAGAAUGCACCGUCCCUCCAACGAGGACUGGCAAGAAUGCAUCGUCCCCCCAGUGAGGACUGGCAAAAAUGCAUUGUCCCA